AUGUUGAGUGGUUUUUUAUUAAAUGAUGAAUUGAAGUUAAUGUAUUUGAUGAGAUAUUGCACUGGAGAUGCUUCAAGAGCUAUACAGUGCUGUAAGUUUAUGAAGCCAAGAGGGGGCUACGAUGAGGCUAUGAGCAUAUUACGUCAAAGGUUUGGAAGACCUUCGAUGAUUGCAGGGAAAUUAUUCGAGGCUGUUAAGGGUAAUGGUGGUCAAUUACAGGAUGACUCCCAGGCACUCGCUGAGUUUUUGGAUAAUUUGCUAAUUAACAAGAAUGGAAUGAUUUCGAUGAAUCGAAUGAGUGACCUCAACUCGAGUUUUAUACUAGAAGUAAUAGCAAGACGUCUACCUACUCGACUGCAAAGGAAGUGGGUGAAGAUAAGCUCCCGUAUGGAGGAUGAGGGUAUCGAGCCAAAGUUUGAUGAUAUCCUGAAACUGGUAAAAGAUAGUGUCAAUCAAUCUAUGAGCAAGUUUGCCAGUAUAUUGAACCUCACCCCUAGAAUAGAGCAGUCUGAGGGUAAAACGCACUCAUUGAUGACGAAUAAGCCUCAGAGAGGUGGAUAUCGAGAAGACUCCAUGAUGUCUAGUAAUGCAUAUAGACCUAGUGAGUGUAACAGGUUUCGUAGUACAUCCUCAACAGAUAAGUUACAAGAUGCAAGACAAACACGGCUGUGUUUUACGCGUUUGCAAGAGGUGCAUACAAAGGUGGACUGUGAACCAGUGAGCAAGUUCAGUGAUAAGCUAAAUGUAAACUCCAGGUCUGACUCCGAAUUGUGUGACGAUAACGUUGUUGUGAAGAAGUCUGUAGUUGCAACUGGUAAGCCGUUGCUGAAUAGAGUGUCACAGAAUAGAGUUACUGCUUCAGAGUGGAGUUCUGACUCCAAAAGUUUACAAAGUAUAACUAGUCGGAGUGAAGAUAUAAAACCUUUAAUGAUUUGUGAGGAGGAACCAAAAUUGUCUACUUCUGUUAUUAAAGAGUUUGAAAAUGAUGAACUUGACGGUAAAUUGAAUAUUUGUGAUAAUGAUCAUGAUAGUGCAGAUUUGUCUUUGGUUGAUCAUGAUGAAAUGGAGGGAAUGCCUACUACUGCUAAGUUAAAUAAAGGUUCCGUACAACUUGAACGUGAAGUAGAAUUGAAUGCAGUUGCAGAAGGCAUGCAUACUUGUCAAACCGUCAGUGUAAUUGAUCAGAGUGAAGCCCACCUAUCAUCAGAUGCUAGUGUUAAACCUGAGCUGAUAGUAAAGGACAGCAGUGGUGGUGGUCUUGCAGGUAGACAAAUUUCUGAAAAGCGAGCAACAACAGCUUUUGAUCCACUGCUAAGUUCAUCAACUGAUAUCAAUCAGUCGUCGUUGGUGCUGUCAUCCACAAUGAAACAGACACCCAUCAACUCAAGUAUCUUGUGCAAUGACUAUGCUAGUAUCAGUUCGUUUGAAAGGACGAAUAUCAAUGGUCAGUUUAGUGAGGAUAAGCCAAGUGUAAACGAGAGAGUAAUUGUUAAAUUGACUUGCACGAAUAAAGGCAUUUCUAGUUUCAAGUUACUAUCUGAAUGUUAUUAUCUUUGGUGUAAAUUACUCUGUUUCUACACUUGGUUGAUGAGAUAUGUCGGGUGUUUGUUGGUCAUCUAUAUUCUACGAUACAAUGACAUGGGCGUGUUGCCGUUCAGAUUUGAGGAUAUAGCUCAUAGAAGGAAGUUAGAAAAUGAACUCUGCGACGAUUUUCCAACCUAG